AUACCGCCAUCGCCGACACCAUCAUGCUCGCUUGAAACGGCAUCGUUCGAUUUUUCUGAACUAGUUACCGAAAUCCGUCUCCUGCGUGAGGAGAUGAAAGAGUAUAGAACAGAGAUGCAGGAGUUCCGUACCACAAUUUCUAACCUUACUGUUACUGUAGGGUCAUGUCAGCUCCAAAUCGACGCGCUGACUACAAGGGUUAAUGAAAUGGAAAAGCAACGUUGCGAGGGUACUAAUGACACUACAUCUGUUUUGGAGCAGACAAUUUCCGAACUCAAAAUGGAACUUAAUCAUCGUGACCAAGAGUUACUCUGUAACGACAUCGAGAUAGCUGGAAUCCCGGAGGACACAAACGAGCGCGGUAUUCACCUAGCACUUACCGUAGCGCAAAAGUUGGGCGUAGUUUUGGAGGAACGAGACAUCGUAGACGCUCAGCGUGCCGGGACAUUUAAACGUACGAUGAGUGACAAUUCUCCGAUUAGCCGGCCACGCCCCCUAGUGGUGCGUUUGACACGCCGUACACAUCGCGAUCAAAUGUUAGCCGCUGCACGUGUCCGCCGUGACAUCACUACUGCUGGCUUGGGUCUGGCCUUGGCUGACCAACGCAUCUAUGUCAACGAAAGAUUAACUCAAACCAAUCGUCGACUUUUUUAUAAGGCUCGGGUGGAAUCUCUUCGCGUACAGUGGAAAUAUUUAUGGACUCGCGAAGGAAAAAUUUAUGUCCGUAAAGAGCACGGUUCGCCACGCCACCGUAUACGCUCAGAAAAUGAUUUUAAUAAAGUUUUUGGUUAA